AUGUUCGUGUCCCAUUACACGUAAACAACAACGUUCCCCCUAAUUUCCAUCUCCCGUAAGGAGGUCCCGUGGUAGGAGAUCAACAUGCAACAUAGAUCACCCCUGAUGAAGACACUAGACUGGAGUGUCGAAACGUUGGGUCUUGAUUACAGUUCGACUGGGCUUUGUAAUAAUUUAUUUAAACCAGAGUAGCGAGCGAAACAUGAUUUUUCUGUGUUGUUGUUGUGAUAAGUUUAUGAUAAAAUAUAUUAAAUAAAAAGGCCGCUGCACAAGAUUUAGAUCUCGCUCGCAUUUUCAUGUUUUCGAAAAAAAACUUGCGUGAAUCGUGAUAUAUCCUGCCCUUCAUCAUACCUCAAUGAAAAUCCUUUUGAAGCAAGGCUAUUUCAUUAUUCGAUGCUUUCUUAAGAGAGUUAUAAAUUAAUCAUUUAUCACCUAGGACGAUCGGGAAUAUAAAGAUGAUGAUGAUAAAGAAUAUGGAAGGAAAGAUCAACGUAAGGAAAGAAAACGUGGUCGGGGAAAGAGUGAUUGGAACGAUGAUGAUGAUUGUGAUGACGAUUAUGACAGACGUGAUGACGACAAAGAUAGAGGCGAUGGAAAGAGAGAUAAUAAUAGAGGAAGAAAACGUGUUCGGGGAAACAGUGAUUGGGACGAUGAUGAUGAUUGUGAUGACGAUUACGAUAGGAAUGAUAAAGAUAGAAGCAAUGAAAAGAGAGAUAAUCGUAGGGGAGAAAAGCGUGGUCGAGCUAGGAAUGAUUGGGACGAUGAUGAUGACUGUGAUGAUGAUGAUAACGACAGGGAUUAUGACGACAAAGAUAGAGAAGACAAACGCGGUGGAAAGAGAGAUCAUCGUAGGGCAGGAAAACGUGGUCGGGGAAAGAGUGACAAGGACGACGAUGACAAUGAUUACGACAGAGACGAUAAGAGAGAUGAUCGUGGUGGGAAAGAUCGUCGAAAAAAAGACGGCAAGAUUUGUUUUGUAAGAAUUGUGAAUUUGUUACAAUAAUACAAUUGUAUUUUUCUGUGUUGGUGUUGUGUACUCAGGUGAAUAAUAUGUUUGCGAUGUUACUCUGAGUGCAUAUCCACACCGGGCGAGCUUGAAAAAUAUGCCCGGCCACGGUGGGAUCCUACCGUGGGAUCCCACCGUGGCCGGGCAUAUUUUUCAAGCUCGCCCGAUGUGGAUAUGCACUCAGAGUAACAUCGCAAACAUAAUAAUACAAUUAUCAUGCAUAACGAGUACCGAAAACGUUUCGCUUUAUUUUGUAGAAAAAGUGCUUUGCUGAUCUAAUUGAAUGUACGAAUGGUAGUUCUACCCGCAGUGAAUGCAUAGAGAAAUUAAAAGAUUGCUUACAAGAUUGCAGAAAGGUAUGUUCAGGUUUCCUUAUCGAGAUCGGAGGGGUACACAUGUUUUUUAUGUCUCUAAAAGGUAUAGCUUACUAACGAAGUACAAUACCGCCCUGAAAUAACUCAGAAAUACAUUCAGAGCGCGUUCGUCUAUGCGUUCCAUAGAGUUCCAACGAUUUAGAGAUAAGUGAAGACGAAUUAGCAGCAAGGAAAAGAGUGCGUAAACUUAUAUUGGUUAAAAAUUUGGUGAUCGUCUGGCGCUCGAUGAAUAGUAGAAGCCGAUCCCUCUUUUCGUCGAGCGCUAGACGAUCGCUCUUCUAAUAUUUGUUUUCAAUUGAGCAUGUUCCGUCGCGGGCUGUUUUGGCGAUCGUCUCAAAUAUCGUCUAGUGGAGAUCCGCCUUCAUAGAAAGCCCACGAAAUUUUUGAAGCGAAAACAACAUGAUCUAAAUUGAAACAAUUCCACGCUCAUCAAUUAUACAGCUGAGCAUUUUAACAGAAACAGUAAGAAAACAGCCAUGCUACUCGGCGAUGGAUAUAAAAAUAUUGUUGAACAAUUUCAGGGAAAUAUCAACCAUUCAAUGGUAAAAUGCGCGUCACAAGUUUCAAUUAUAUCAACAUUAGCUUUUGUGACACUAAUACUAUCCAUGGUCAAAGUUUUCCGUGUCGGUCAGCCAAUUACAGUAAUUGCUUAAUGUUUUUCAUGUGUUGCACAUCAGCAACGAUGCAAAUUUCAUCGUGCUUAAAUAAAACCUAACUAGAAAAUACAUGCAUGCAGAAACCCUCGCCUUGCUGACAAAACCGUUGUAUUUUCCGAACAGGAAGUACAGUAUGUUGUCCAAUUUUCGGACAGUAAAGUGUUUUCACACUAUAUUUUGCGAUUUAAGAUGUUUAGCAUGUUCAAAUUUGUACAGAUGACGACCACUUCCCAUGGCUACAUUACUCUAAGAGAUACAUCGCUAAAGUUCUUUAUUUUUUCUGUAAUAUUGAAAACAAGUACUUCAUUUUCAUCACCACAUUUCGGACAUCUGGUCUGCUAUUCGGACACUCAUAAUAAUAGCCGUUUUUCUCUCGAAGGUAAGCUGUAUUUUGAUAAGUACUGGAAUUUAAGGCUUGACUAUGUUAUACAAAUAAAUUUUAUGAUUCUUUGAACCAUAUUCUAGUAUGAAAUUUCAGUCAGGUUACUCGCAAGUAAAGCUCACUUUAUGAUAUAUACAAUUCCUGGUGGAUAGAUUCACAUAAUAAUAUCCAAACUCGCAUUGAACUAAAGUCAACAAAAUUAUCGAAAUCGAAAGUUUAUCAAAACAUAAACAACUUGUACACUCUUUAAACAUUUUAAAUAUAUAAUUCUGUUAAAUAUACUCGUGAUUUUAGUCAUAAGAUUGUCAACUCUAAGCCAUCGUCCGAGUAUUGAUAAGCUCCUCAAAAAUUGUUUCUUAAUUUAAAAGUCCGAAACUUCUUAAAUUUUAUGACAGGAGCAACAAUUAUUGUUGUGGUAAAAUUUUCGGUUUAUAUAAUCAUCCCUUCAGCUAAAAAAUAAUGAUUCGGCAGUAUAUUUUCACAAAACAAUCUCCUGAAGUGUACUUGCCUGAUCGCGCUGUCAUGAACUACGCCAUUUUUAAGAAAAUAUUUUCGACUGACCUUUACUCAAAGUGUUCAAGUUUGCACAAAACAACAGCAAAAACGUCGAAAAUAUACAGCAAGAUUCAGGACAUAUCAGGCAAUCAUCUGAACGUAUUGAUUUUUAUUUUUUUGCUAUUCUUCAUAGAACAAUUUGGCGAUAAAAACAUUUCGUCCGAGUAGUGGUACUGUCCGAAAAUUGGACAACAUACUGUAUCUAGAGUAGUUGUCAUGGUAACAAUAUUCUUACAAAUGUUCUUACAAUAUUCUUACAAAUGAAAAUCGCCUAAAAAUAUCACUUUUAAUUACAAAAUUAUCAAUUUCCCACCAUAUAUAUUUUAGGUAUGUAAUUAUACGUAAUACAAGCUUCAAUUUAAGGUAAAAUUCAACCACAAACAAUUCACAAAACGUUUUAAAGUGUUCUUUAUAAAACUAAACUGCCUUUAACUAUUAAAUGGCUUUAUCGAUAAACUUUGAGUUUGCAAUAAAAUGAUUUUAAAUUCUCGCUUGCAAAUAACUUUGGUCUUUGCUUUAUUUUUUAUUUAAUAAAUUCAAUAUAAUAAAAAAGCGAAUCAAUAUUAAAGUUACACCGAAAUUUAUAUAUGCUGUCUUGUUUAGUUGUUUCAUAUACGCAAAGGCCGUCGGGUUUUAAAGCCAUUAUAAAAUCAAUAUUUAAAACAAACUUACCUUCGUUAACGUCGGCUCGCUUCUUUUAGCUGAUUCUUUCGCCCUUUCUUUCUUGAAAUUUACAAAAUCUUGCAGAAAUACGAGCAAAAAUGAAAUAUAUUUGCAAGAAAUUUAUCAAUCAUCAAAUCAAGAAAUGUUUGCUAUUUCGCUGUCGUCAUGCAGUCGUUAUAAUGCAAAAUUUAAAUUGGACCAAUCAGUGUCCGCUAUUCAUGACAGUCCGCCAUAUUUUUGAGAUCAGUGAGGAUGACCACCCAUCGUUGGUGACCGACGCCCGCGCUCAUUGAUGAACUUUAGACUUCCCUAAUGCUUUCGUUUCCCCGGGUGUAAAUAGCCGGGGGGAAUUAGUACCCUCGCACGGCGCUUCGCGCCGCCGGCUCGGGGAUUAAUUGAUUGAUGUCUCCAUCCUACAAUUUUAAUCAUGCAAUAUUGCAUAUAGAAUCAUUUUAAUUUAAUUAAACAGUUACAUUCAUAUACCUGUCGAAUAUGAAGAUGGUGAUUCUGAAUAUUUUAUUGAUAUAGAGUCUCUCCAGGAAUAUCAGCUUAGAUGUUCUGACUUGUUGGGUAUGUAUAAUGUGAUAGUAUUAAUUUUAAUUUUCUUUUUACCUAUUCUGUGAGAGCAGUCAUAUUUUUAUCUUUUUUAUUAGUGUAGAUGAAUGUUUGUUUGAUCACUAAUUAGGGCGACAAGUUUCAGGGAUUGGUUGGGGGACCCCUCAAAAUUUCACACAGAAAACAUUCCAGACGACUAUUUUUGGCGUUGUCUGUUUUGGUAAUUGAUGGCGGAAUAGCGUCUCUAAUUGAAACAUGAAAUUCAUUAUUUAAUAAUUCAUGGCUAUUCGAAAAUAACUGAUAUUUAAUUUCGCGUCUUGUAUUAUAUCACAUCAUUUAACGCACUAUGAAAAUGUUAUUUUCACAAUGUAAAUAUAUUUCAGAUUUCAUGCGGUACAUGUACUAGCCUGAAUGUUUGUUUUUCACAGAAAAACUGCACAGAUGAAUUGUUUGAUUGUGUGAAGGAUGAGAAUACGAGAAGCGUUACGUGCGUGAAGCAGAAAGAUGUUUGUGGAAGGAAAUGCAAG